CGAUUGCGCGAGCCCUCUUGCGACAGAGAAGCACAGGAGUGCACUUUGACAGAAAGACGGAAAAUAUUGACGUGACCAAUCGUUAAUAACUCGAGCACCUUAUUUAUAAAAAAUAAAUGAUAAAAGAUAAGGACUUACACAUCAUAUAUAAUUACACUUGUACAAUGUAAAUUAUGUAUAGAUAUGUAAGUAACAACUCGUUAUAGCUGAAGACUCACGUGAUAAUAUAUGUAUAAAUUUGAUUAUAUAAUAUUUUAGAAGCCAGAGAAUCUAUCACAUUACUUAAUGAUGACUGAAAUAAUUAUACGGAGAGCUAGACGCGAAGAUUGCCAAACUAUCAGGACACUUAUACAGGAAUUAGCAGACUAUGAGAAGAUGCCUGAUGGACCAAAAAUUGAUUAUAAAACUUUAGAAAGAGAUGGCUUCGAUGGGCAACCAUUAUUUCUCUGCAAUGUGGCAACAUCCAAUGAGAAGGUUAUUGGUUAUACUAUCUUUUAUUAUAUUUAUUCUACAUGGCGUGGAAAAGCUAUGUAUCUGGAGGAUAUUUAUGUGACACCAGAGUUCCGAGGAAAACAUGUUGGCACCAAGCUUCUGAAAGCUGUCGCAAAAGAAGCAGUGGAGAAUAAUUGCAGCAAGUUGAAUUUUAUGGUUCUCAAGUGGAAUCCAGCACGAGAGUUUUACAAAAUACUUAGAGCUAAUGAUCUAACUUCUGAAGAACAGUGGCAUUUUUAUAAUUUCUCUGACACAGAUUUAAAAAGAUUAGCAUCUGAUUCUGAAUAGGAAUAAAAUCAAAAUAUUCUAAAAAUUAGUAUAUAAUUAA